CCUCUUUGUUGAAACAGCCCUUGAACAACAAAGAACUAAUAAUAUUUGAGAUUGAUAAUGGCUGAAUCUACAACACUGAAUGCUGCUAGUUCCCCACAGUUGAUGGAUGGACUUAACGAUUAUGACAGGAGCGCCAUUGAGGUACGUUGUGUGCAAUCACAUUCUACCAAGCUGACAUGCUUGUGCUCUGAGCACUUGUUGUUAGGAGGUAGACAGUGUAAAGAAGAGCACAUACGGAUAACUGAAUGUGAUACUAUUCCUUAAUUGAGACCAGUAGAUCUACUCGUAUAGUAGUACCUGAAAGUAUGCAUGGUUAAUCAAGUGUUUCAGUCUGCAUGUUUGGCUGCCCACAAUUGUUUCCCCUCCCCUGUGUCAUGCAAUCACUAGUGUACUGUAUCACUGCACUAAUGUUCUCUUCCUUCCAUUUCAUGCAUCUCCACCUCACCUUUGACUGACCCUCUGAAACAACAGGCUGUAAGUUGGUGUGUGUUGUCAGAGUAUUUAGUGUCCGUUGCAUAUUCUGUGAUGUUUCUACUUCCCCAUUAUUACUCUUGUGUGUGUGCAGUGCCAUAGUGUUAUAUAGGGAAAUAUUUAGUAUGAUCACAUUCAACCUCGUAAUCAUUCAUUUACUAUCUUCCCACGUGUUUGCCCUGUGGACUCUCCCUCUCUGGAUCAACAGUAUGUAAGUUGUGUUUGCACGUGUACACUAAUUUUAAUGGUUACUAUAGGAACUCCUACACUAAUUGUAGGAAAUCGUAAAAUGUCUUUAUCUCUCAAUUUGCAUAUUGCCAACUACAAAACUUAUUAGAUUGUACUUUUAAUACUUUUGUUGGUUCAUAGAAUAUUCAUCUAAGUUGGUACAUUAUCGUGUUUGUCUCUUCCCAUGUACACACUCAUUCCUAUGUUGGACCUCACACUGAUUUGGACUACUGUAGAAGGUGAGCUUCUUAGGUCUAGAUGUAUUCCACUUGUUGCUAUGUGUAGUCAGUCCCAUACACACCAGCGUUCAACUGAUCUGAUGUCUUGUAUGUGUGUUAAGAUUAAAUCUCUCCCUCACAUGUACCAUUUGAUGUGUCUCAGGGUUUCAUUGAGGACGUGAGUUUAUUAUUGUCAGUAUGCGUUAGCUGAGCAUUAUAUAUUUAAUGGCAAACUAGACUGACUUGUGUACAUGUACUACUGCAUGAAGGCAGAAAUUGUGUGGCUUUAUUUAGGAUUGGUACUGCUCUUGAUAGUUUCAUGCUGUACAGACGUGUACUUGCAAUAAUUGAUGUAUACAUGUGUGAAUGCAUUCCUGUAUUUGAACAUGUUCAUUUCUCUACAUGUCCGUGUCCUACUGCUAAGAUUGCUGAGAUACGAGGAAGACCAGAAAGACAGAGAAAGGAAGAAUCGAAGCGGUUGUUUGAUGAGGGGAUGAAGCACGGACACGUCUUGGUCAACAUUGUCAACAUGCUCGUGUUUGGACCGGCGGGAACAGGGAAGACCAACCUCAAGCACCUGCUAACUGACAAGCCCCCUCCACUACAGCGUGACAGCACUCCUUGUAUGGAAAAUCCAGUACGCAUUCGACCUGUGUCCAACACAAAAUUCAGGUCAACUGGAAGAGGCUGGGAAGAGAUGUCUCAGCCAAAGCUGCGCAAGCUACUAGCUCAAAUCAUCGCCAAGCUACCAAAAGAAAGCACUGAUUCAUCCUCGGCAUUAAGGGUUGCCGAGAGCUUGAAGAAGAUGACCACAACCGAGCUAAUUUCUGUUUCUGAUGAGUCAAUUUCUGGUUUCAAAUCGACUUCAUUGAGCAAUGAUUCCGUCGCAAUUUCUGGCUCUGCAAGAAAGUUGGACAGAGCUAUCAAUAAAGUGAUAGCGAGUGUAGUGAGUGGUGUGGCAGAAGAGCUGAAGCCAGCCACACAGGGAACUGACCAACUGUCGAGCAGUGACCAGCAAGAAGGAGAACUGUUUGAUUCCAACUGGGUGUACGUUACCGACUGCGGCGGCCAGCCGCAAUUCCACGACAUCAGCCCUCUCUUCAUCAAGCACAUUUCGGUGGCGUUGAUAGUCCUGCGUUUGAUUGACGAACUCUCCAGUUUCCCUUCUGACGAGUACUACAAGGAUGGGCAGCUUGUUGGUAGUCCUCAUGCAUCUCACAUGACCCUCGGGGAGACACUUCAGAGUCUCAUUCGAUCCAUUGAGUCCCAUACCUCACAAGACAAGAAGCCGAAAAUGAUAUUUGUGGGCACAUUCUUGGAUCAGCUCAAGAGUUUGGAUACUCUUAUCAAGAGGAAUCAAGAGAUUCUCGACAUGCUGCCACCCGAUAUCAAGAAGCUAUUGGUGUACAACGAUCUUGCGUUGAACAAUCUGAUUUUUGGUCUCAACACGAUCAGCCGAGAUGAUGAUUCACUGGCCACUGCCAAUAGGAUUAGAAUAGCUGUUGAGCGUUCUAUUCCGCUACAAGUCAAAAUGCCCAUCUGGUGGUCCUUCUUGGAUUCACUUCUCCAGAGUUUAUCUGCCACUCUCGAGCGAGGUGUACUGAGCAAGCAAGAAUGUCUCCGAUUAGCCACUCGAUUUCGUUAUGUGCUCCAAGAUCUUGAAGCUGCUCUGGUCUUCUUUGACAACGUGUGUAUAGCGCACUACUAUCCCUCCAUUCUCCCCAACACAGUGUUUGUGGAUGCCCAGAUUCCACUAGACAAGAUCACCGAGCUCUCACAGCACGCCAUCUCCCUGAGGAAUGCUGAAGUCAAAUCACGCUCUACUCUAAGUACAAGAGGGAUCGAGGCUGAAUGGAAGAGAUUUCGAGACGAAGGCAUAAUCAAUUUAAAGUUCCUACAAUUCUUUGAGAAGCAUUACGUUAAAGGCAUCUUUUCUCCAGAAGAUAUGCUGUUGAUCAUGAAAGAGCUUCUCGUGAUUGCUCCCAUUCCACUAGUGGAGUCCACUCUCCACCAAGCCGAGUUCUUUAUGCCAUCUCUACUCAAAUCCAUCCCACCUGCUGAGCUAGAUAAAAUCCGUUCCUCCUUCACAAUAGCGCCCCUCGCUAUCUACUUUCGUAGUGGGUGUAUUCGCUCUGGAGUCUUUUGCUGUCUAGUUGUGGACGUGAUUAAGAGGGUGGGCUGGAAAGUUUUGCUCCCUUCAGGCGAAACAAGCAUUUUUGCUAAAAAUUGUAUCCAGUACGAAAUCUCCGAUCUCCCGUGCACCGUGACUCUGAUCGACUCCUUCUCAUAUAUGGAAGUGUAUAUCGACGUCCCUGUUUCUCUUCGCAAUGAAGUAUGCCCUAUGAUUCGAAACGAAAUUUUGCACAGCAUUAAAUUGUCCUGUGCAGUGUUGCAUUACAACAACGACACACCCAAGACAGCCAUCUUUUGCCCAUGCAAGAAGAGCACUGGCAAAUUGCACCUUGCUGAUGUGAUCGAACGGAGUGGCUGUAAGUUUUGGAAGUGCUCCCUUCAGACACGUGUGUGGGGAGAUCUCAGUGAUGAACAUAGAAUCUGGCUGGACAAUAGCGAAGGUUCUGGUGCAUCAUCCUCUAUUACGGGAGACAUGUGUACAAAGAUGACAUUGAGUGAUCAGCAGCAACAAUCUGGUGAAGCCUCCUCUGUUACGAGAGAUAUGGAUACUGAAGGAAAGAGACAUCAGCAGCAAUACUCCGGUCCAUCGUCCCCUGUAAUGGAACCUGUGUGUAGAAUGAGUGAUCAAUAUACCAGAAAACCAUCGUCUGCUACGGGAGAUACUCUUAUGAAGACUGAGAGAAAGAGUGAUCAGCAGCAAUACUCCGGUGAAUUGUCCUCUGUUACAGUAAUGGAAGAUGUGUGUAAGAAGACUGGAGUGAGGGACCAACAACUAGAUCAAGAAAUCCCUGAGAGUGACAUCAUUCUAAUCGCGGAGAAAUUUCCUCACCUGCUGAACGUGCACAAGGUUUUGACAAUCACCGAUCUACAACAUGUUUACGAGAAACUACAUGAAAGUGCCAGCCCUCACUGGUUCAAUCUGGGAUUGGCUCUAGGUCUAACUCAUCCUGAUCUCACCAACAUCAAUAUCAAGUGUCGUGAAGAUAAUGUAUCGUGCUUGCGUGAAAUGUUGGCCAAGCUCCUGAGUACACAACAUGUAACAUGGAGUCUCCUGUCAGAUGGUCUCAAAAAGCCCACAGUGAAGCUCAUCAAUUUGGCUGACAGCAUCACAGUCAAUCAAUCCAACCUGCUGGAUCGACUCAACCUCACCCCAGCCGACCUCGGUGAUGUAACUGAUGUCACACGUCGUUAUGGCAAUCAAGCUGAAGUGGCUCAUGCAUUGAGAGCGUGGCAAAGAGUGAAUCCUUCCAGAGCUACCUUUAGGGCCUUGGUGGAAAUUGCCAUAGGACUGAGAAGAGGAGACACUGCUACAGACAUUUGUAGAUUCAUUGUAGACAAUACGGACCGAAACUGAAACUGAUAAAUAACUGUUCUUUACUUUGAUGUUGUUUGUGUCUCUGUAAUUAUAAUGUGUGAGCUUAUUAUUGAUGCUGUGCUUUUUUCAAUACAUUGUUGUGGUAGAAUGUGAAAA